GUAAGAUUCUCUGAGUAAAGAAGUUGAGAGACGACGGAAAUGGAAGGGAGUGUCGUUGAGGCUGCACGUCGUGGACAGUGGGAUAAAGUGAAGGACCUAGUGGACAGGGGAGGUGACGUCAAUAUACGGGAUGGAAUGGGAUGGACAGCUCUACACCAUGCGGCUAAUCAUACUAAUGUAGAGAUGUGUAAAUUUCUACUUGGUCGUGGGGCGGACGUCGCUGCUCGAGACAAAGAUGGCGAUAUGGCAAUUAGCACAGCGAUUUGGUCACUUGGUUCGAAUUGUCUUGAUGUUGUUCGUCUGCUACUAACAGACGUUACUGUGAAUGCAGUAAACAACGAUGGUAAAUGUCCUUUGCAUUGCGCAGCUCUGCUCUCUCUUGUUGAUAUUGUGCAGCUGCUUGUGGAUCAUGGAGCUCAUACCAAUGUGGUAGAUAAGGAUGGAUAUACACCACUACAUGAAGCAAACAGAGGGAGACGUGAUGUUCCUAAAGUGAAUACAAUGUUACUACGUAAGGAAGCAAAGGUUGAUGCAGUGAAUAAAGAUGGGGUCCAACCACUACAUCUAGCAUGUAGGUUUGGUAAUAUCAAGUCUGCUCGUUUGUUACUUUCCAGUGGUGCUAACUCUUGUGCUUCUAACAAUGAUGGAAAGACGCCACUACAUUAUGCAGCUGGUGAAUGGACAGAGUGUGUAGAAUUAUGUGACAUUUUACUGACUCAUGAUGCUGACGUUCAUGCAGCAGACAAUGAUGGGAACCAACCACUACAUCUAGCAUGUAUGAAAGGUUAUAUCAAGUCUGCUCGUUUGUUACUUUCCAGUGGUGCUAGCUCUUGUGCUUCUAACAAUGAUGGAAAGACGCCACUACAUUGUGCAGCUGGUGCACGGACAGACUUUUCUGAAUUAUGUGACAUUUUACUGACUCAUGAUGCUGACAUUCAUGCAGCAGACAAUGAUGGAAACCAACCAUUACACAUAGCAUGUAAGAAAAGUAAGAUUGAAAAUGGGAAAGUGUUGAUAUCUCAUGGAGCAGAUGUAGUUGCUAUUAAUGGACAUUACUUAUCACCUUUUCAAUUAGCAUCACAACAUUGUCCUGACUUGUGUUUAGCUCUUUAUAGGGCAGGAUUGACCUCAAUUCAGACUGAACACAUUUGUCAAGCUUUGGAAUUUGCAUUCAGUAAAAAUAAUCAACUUACUGGUUGGGUGUUGAGCAAGAUCUCUGCAAUGGCAGAAAUAUCUGUUUCUGAAAAUUUGUCUAAAUGGAUUGAUACGAUGGAUGUUGAUGAAUUGCUUGCAACAGCAAUUCGUGAAAAGCAAAUGGACACGUUUAUGUUGUUGAUAGAAAAUGGUGCAAGUGUAAAUGGAACAGAUAGAUGUGCUAUUCAACCUCUCACAUUAGCAGUUAAAGAAGGACAGUUGAACUUGUGUAAAUUAUUGAUUGAGCAAGGAGCAUCAGUUAAUGCUAAGGCUUACAAGUGUAAAGAACCACCUAUAUAUUAUGCUCUUACUGGAAACAAAACUGAAAUCGUGAAGCUUCUUCUCUCCCAUGGUGCAGAAAUCAUGAAUGUUAACGUUGGAAAGAGAUCAGCAUUAGAACGCUCACAGACAACAGGAAGUCGCACAGUGGCAAGAAUAUUGAAUUCUGCAGCUUCUUAUCCUGAAGAGAUUGUAUCUCAAGGAGAAGCAGCAAUGCGUAUCUACGAUGCUGCAUGCAAUGAAGAAAAUGCAGUGACUGUAUUUUUACGUGUUGAUGUUGUCGGUCGUGAUGGUGCUGGAAAGACAAGCUUGACAAAGUCGAUCACUCUCAUGAAGUUUGACCAGUACGAGCCGAGCACGAGAGGUGUUAUUCCAAUGAGUCGCAUUAUCAUGAAAGAAGCAUGUAACUGGACUGUUCCUGUCACCAGUGAACAUUACAGAGAUCUGUACAACAAGAACAUCACGGCAGUUAUGGCAGAGGCUUUCAAUAAACCAGAAGUAAAAGAUAAGUUUUUGACAUUGGCAAGAGACAAGAAGGCGAGCACAAGUAAACGAAAUAGUAAGACAUCAGUGAAGUCCAGUUCAAAGCUGAUGGCAAUAGCAAGUCCUACUGAUGAGCAAAGAGACGAGCAAUCAGAUGAUAUGUCAAUGAACGGUGGUGACAACCUACUUGAGCAGCCUGUUGCUAUGAGGUUAGAAGAGGUCAGUAAUGAGCGGCAACUUUUAGAAUCUUUAGAGUUAAAUGAUGAGAGUGCACAUGUGAGUGGUGAUGUAACUGGUGAAGACAGAGAGACAAGAGAACGAUCAACAGAGAUGUGUUGUAGUUCAGAUAGUGUAAGAGACAAUGUUGAAGCACAAGGAGAAUCAGUAGCAGGUGUUAGUUCAGAGACUGUAGUAGUAACCGUUGAUACUGAUAGUUCAGAAAAGAGUGAAGCAAAGAAGAGAAGAAACGUACAAAGAAGAAGAAGGAAGAAGGAAGCGAGUAAGAUGAAGACAUCUGAUAAGCGACCAUCACGACAAUCUCGUCAGACGGUGACAAGUAGAAAGAAGAGAAAGAGAACUUAUCAACUAAGUUCACAAUUCUCCUCAGACGUACAGUCGACGGCAUCUACAGAUACGCAGCAACAUCAGACACAAUCAAAACGAGGCAAGAAAUCUAAAUUGAAAGAGUCACGUGGUCAGUCACAGUGUUCAGGCUCGGCAGCAGCUUAUGUUAAUAGUGAGAGCAAGGCUGAUGAGUCAAAGGAUAUACCCGAAAGCAUCAAAAGAAGAGUGAUCAACUAUCUGAGAAAUAGUGAAUCUCUUCAGAAGGCCAAAGAUGAAAUCAUGGUCACCAUUUUAGAUUAUGCUGGUCAGCAUGUGUUUUACACAACACAUCAGCUUUUCCUCUCUCGAGCUGCUUUCUACUAUGUGGUGUUUGAUGCUUCUCAACCAUUGGGUAGCCAGACGGCAUCGGUAUUUCGUAAACUUGAUGGCAAAGUAGAAUACAUGGGUGACAUAGCUGAUGCUACAAACUACGAACGAGUUGAAGAAUGGAUAUCAGCCAUUCACAUUAUGGAAGCCGAACCGUCAUAUUUCAUGAUAUUUGAAAAUGUAGGCAUACGAUCACCUGGAAUCUUCCUUGUUGGUACACACACUGAUGUGCUAAGAAAAGAGGAAGGGAUGUUGGAGAAGCAAGACGAGUUCAUGAAGAAGAAACUGCAAGACACAGAGCUGUCAGAGCACAUCAUAUGGGCAUCUAAAGACAGAAUGUGUUUCUAUGUCGAUAACUCGAUGACGGAUGCAGACAGUGGUGAUGUAGAUCCACAAGUACAGUUGCUGUGUCGACAGACAGAAGAGGUGGCACGUCAGGUGGCAAAACACGACAAGCUUCCAAUCACGUGGCUUCGAUUUAAAGAAGAGCUUCAUGAGUUGAAAGAAAAUGAGAUGACGAGGAAGGUCGUGUCGGUAGAUGAGUUGCUGCAACUUGCCCAAAGAGUUUCUGGUAUCAAGACCAAGGAAGAGUUCAUGGUAUUGCUGCAGUAUCUGAGCAAUCGUGCUGUUGUUCUUUAUCAUCCAAAGAAUGAAGAGAAAGAAGUCGUUCUAGAUGUUGAGUGGCUGAUGUCUCAACUAGAAAAGGUGGUGACCAUUCACACAGAUGUUCCCUCGAUGUGGAAGAGGGAUAUGGCACGUUGUGCAGAGACAGGUAUCAUGACACAAGGAUGUCUCGACUACUUGGUACCAGAGUCAUCGUUUCCUGGCAUGAUCAAGUCACUUCUGAAGUAUUAUGACUUGAUGUGUCCAUAUUUUGGAGUGGACGCCAACAGUUUAGAAUUUUCCAAUGAUCAACAGGAUUACGUCAACUUGAAAUUCCAGUCUAUUGAAAACAAAGACGAGGCACAGUGUCAAGCAUAUUUCGUACCUUGCUUGCUACAGAAAGAGUCUUCACUCUUAUCUACAGAGAGACCCUACAGUCAUAAGACUGUUGCUCUUAUUUUACAUUCUGGUAAUAUUCGUAUGCCUAAGCCUUUGUUCUACCGUCUACUCACUCGGUUGGCAAAACGAUUUUGUCGUUUGCCACAAUUGUUUCAGAAUGUUGGCUACUUCAUGGUUUAUCACCGCCACAAACUGGAGAUUUCAUUAGACAAGCACAGUUUGCAGAUGAUUGUCUACACUGACCACAAGAAUCCUCUUCCAGCAGUAUGUGCUCUUGUCAAAGAUUUUGUUGUCACUUCAGUUGAUGAAGCCAAACAACAAGGCAUGCCAGGAUUAAAGCUGCAACUAGGUUACAUGUGGAGCAAUCCAGAUCACAUUGGAGUUGAUACUGAAUUUGUGUCUCUGAAAGGAUGGAAUCAUUUACCAGAAACCGUGUAUGUUAAAUCAGUGGACAAUGAAGUCAGACUUUCAGAAACCUUACAUGCUUGGUUUCCUGCAAACAGUGAGUUUGCUACUCUUUUGGAGCCUAAUAUGUACUUGGCACCUGAUACAAAAUUGCUACAUUCUGAGCAACCAAAGAGUUUGGUUCAAUUCUGUCUAAUACAGUCAACCACUCCAAUUUCUCAUCUUCUGAGUGACACUCAUGUUCAUGAAUGUCUUCAAAAUGUAGCUGAAGUUAUGAAUAAAGAAGAUGACAUAGUAUGUGACGACUGGAGGAGUUUGUGGUGUGACCUGCUUCGAUAUUCUCUAAGUGAAGAAAUGAAGACGAAGAUUCGAGAAACUGGAAGUCCAACUUUGUAUGUUCUGAAGAAAUGGAUGUGCAAGUCAGCAUCAGCAACUGUUGGUAAACUAAUAGAACGUCUCAGUGCUAUUUAUCGAAAUGAUGUGGCAGAAAUUCUGAUGAAAUAUUUAAAUGAAAGAGAAUGUGAGAUGAUGACAGUCAGUGCAGGCAAUACAGACAGACAGUCAUCAAGUUCAUUCUGUGCAGAGUUGAGGGACAGUCAGAUAAAUCCUGAGCUGUCAAUUAGACAACAUAGCAAGGUGGCACCAGAUGAUCUAGUUGCUGUUGCCAGUGCAGUGGGUGUAAACUGGGAGGAGCUCGCUGCCAGACUAGCACCAGUCAUGUUUAGUAUCAUAAAGACGGAGCAGAUUAAAGCUCAGUAUGGUAAGCCUUUUGUUCAGGCUCGUUCAAUGUUGGAGGAAUGGGUGAAUGGAUUGGACAAGGAAGCUACCAACAGGUCACUGAUUAAAGCUCUAUUGAAGAUGAACAUGAGACGACAAGUCAAUGAAAUAUUUGGAGAAGAUCUCGUGACGUAUGUGGAAACAAAUGGCUCAUGAGAGAGUCAGAUAUGGAGUGUUGUGUUUUCACUCAGCAAGCAAUUCUUUGGACUGCAAGGGCACCUGCACUGCUAGUCUGCUACACUAUCUUGGUAUAUAUACUGACAAAAUGAGGAAUGGAUUUCUGGCAAUAACUCGUUGCUUCAACCAUCUGAUUUGUGAAAAUUUUACCUUAACUAACAGUCAUGUACAAUAUUAGCGUAAAUAUCUGGAGUAUGCAGAGUCAACAAAUUAGAGUGUAGGACAUCUUUAUUAAAUGAACCUAGUUACCGUUGUCAUAGCAUCUGUUGUCAUAGUAUUGGUUGUCAUAGCAUUGGUUGUCAUAGCAUUGGUUGUCAUAGCAUUGGUUGUCAUAGGAUUAGUUGUCAUAGCAUUGGUUGUCAUAGCAUCGGUCGUCAUAGCAUCGGUUAUAAGAUUCAUUGUAAAUACAAGAUACAAUGUAAAUACAAUGUAUCUGGAGU